CGGAAAUAUUUCUGCUCUCGUCUUUGAAAACAUUGUUAAGCGAUCGAUGACUUUGACGCAGUGACGCAUGUUUACCUUAAAAAACGCCGAAGCUUUUAUUCACGCAGAGAGACAGCUCUCACGUGAGAGAGAAGAAAAAUGCGAGGCGCAACUUGAAAAGGUAAAUAAAUAAAAUAUUCACGCGUUAGUCAAACCAAACAAUCGGUCGCCAGCGCGUACCAACUCGGGCGCGCACUCGUUUCUCGACGGUAGUUAAGUAUGGCACCUCGUAGAGGAAAGCAACGAUUUAAAUAAAUUGAAUAUUCGAUAGCACCGAGAUAAGAGAAGCCAAACAUCCAUAGCGAAAAAAGAUGCCCGAAAACAUAUUCAAACGACUAUUGCGAAAGAUCAAUCAGAGGCGCAAGAGCUGCGACGAUCGCGUCGAUUUCGUGCAGGAGCUGCCGAUCGAGAUCUCCCUCAUCAUACUGUCGAAGCUCGACGACGCCUCGCUCUUCAACGCAGCCAGAGUGUCGCGCGGCUGGUGCGAGGCCUGCAAGUCCUCGACGAAAUUGCGCCGACGCAUACGCCAGCGCCAGUUGCACAUCAAGCAGAUGGAGAUCAACGAGAUGAUAGCGCAUAGCAUGCAAGUACAAGAUCGCUUUUAUCGGUCUUAUCAGUUCACCUACCCGUUAGUUGGCUAUAGUUACUGA